AUGGAGACCGCCGCCGCCGCCGCCGCCGCCGCCGGCGAGGUGGAGGAGGAAGAAGAAGAAGAAGAAGAAGCAGAGGAGGAGGCGGCGCUGACGUCGACUCGGCCUGUGUGCCGCGAGGGCUGCGGGAGACCUUUGAAGGUGUGCCUGUGCCGGCACCUGCCGGAGGCGCCCAUCCCCACGGCCACGGCCGUCGUCGUCCUGCAGCACCCCCACGAACUCCGCCGCCGCCUCUCCACCUCCCCGCUGCUCCCCCGCUGCCUCCUCCGCUGCUCCCUCCUCCCCGGCCGCCGCCUUCUCCCCGGCUCCCACCCCCUCCUCGACUCCCUCCACCGCGCCGCCACGGCCGUCGGCCGGGUACCAGAUCCCCCCGCCGCGCUCUUCCUCUUCCCCUCCGCCACCACUGGCGGCGAGGAGGAGGAGGAGGAGCUCCUCGUGCAACGGUACAGGGGGAGGUGCAGGGCGCUGAUCGUGUUCGACGGGACGUGGAAGCACGCGGGAGAGAUGGUGCGAGCGAGCCUGCCCUUUCUGUCUUGCUUCGCGCGGCGGGUGUCCCUCGCCGGCGGCUGCAACCGGAGCUCGGAGGGGGAGAGCAUGUUCGAGUCGGAGCUGGCCCUCCGCAAGGAACCCCACCGGGGAUGCCUCACCACCGUCGAGGCCGUGGCCAGGGCCCUCGCCGCCCUGGAGCCCCACGACGGCGGCGAGGGUCCCCGCGCGGAGAGUGCGUUGCUCUCGGCGCUCCGCGCCAUGGUGGCGCUCCAGAUGGCGCACCUCUCCGGGAAGACCGUGAACAGGAGGCCUCGCCUUCUCAAGAAGAAGAAGAAGAACAACAACAAGGAGACGGAGGAGGAGGAUCCUGGGCCCUUCUCUACGCCCGCAGUCUGUUCGACGAAAUGA